AUGUAUUGCAACAUUACGGAUUGGCUCGAGUCUCAACGCAAGCAGCAGCAGCAGCGGCGGCGAUCCACGAGCGAGCCCGAAGGCGUGUCCGACAUCAGCUGUUCCGAGCAGAGUAAAAAGCGACUUGGUGGCGUACCGAGCGUACUCACAAUCAUCACAAUGUCCGUCCGGUCUCCUCCUGGACAAAAUGAGAGUUUCGGAAGUUUAGGAAGGCGGAAGGAGCUUGCUCUUCGCGUUGGUCGAGGAUAA